AGCAUAGUUUCAGACAUCCAAAUGAUUCAUUUGACGUUGACGAAAGAUAUAUCAAUAGACUUAUAAAGUAAAGACUUCAGUAUUGGAUUUAUACACUUCCAAAUAUUGACGAAAUAUACAUUUACUGACUUAUAAAGUAAAGACUUCAUGUGUUGGAUUUAACAUUGAUAAAAACAAUAAAAAAGACAACUAUAGACAUAGUUACAAUUUAUGUUUAUUUAACUUAAACACAAACCGCGAACAAAAUUGUACUAAAUAUAUUAGAGAAUCAAGUAGAAAACGAAAUGGUAAAUUGCACCAACUCCUCGUGUGAGAAAGUAGAGUUAAAAAGCGGGUAUGACUUGCCAGUCUAUGGCUUGGAUAGUGGUUCAUUCUAUUAUCUCCAUAUUCCCGCGCUUUUUUGUAUUUUCUGUAGUUUUUCUUGUGUUGUCACUGCAUUGACAUUGUCAUUUCGAAAUCGGGAUUAUAAAAAAUUCUUUUCCUGGGCUAAAAGCGAACGUUUUGUGGUGUAUUUGGCAAUUUGCGACGGUGGUUUCAACAUAUUUCAUAGCAUGGACCAUAUGCAGUAUGUCAUUACAAAAGAUCACGUGAGACCUAAAGAAUUAUGUGAGUUUUAUGCCUUUUCACUGGCUGAAUUCGUAGCAUCGCAAACUUUGUUGGUAAAUAUCGUGGCAAUAAAUGCAUUUACUUUGAUGGUUUUAAAAAAGAAUAUAAAUUUCGGCAAAUAUGAUUGGAGGCUUUUGGCCUGGACUUUCGGACUCCCGUUUAUCGGCGCAACAGCUGUUGCUGUAACUGGACAACUUGGACCGAAUGGAUCAUCUCAUUUUGCGUUUAAAUAUUUCAGUUGCUUUUUUGACGGUGUAACAGCGGGAACAGCCAAUAUUUGUUUCACGACAGUUCCACUUCUGCUCGUUCUAAUAAUGAACAGCGUCAUGUAUGCAGUAACAUGGAAACGAAUCCGGGAAGAAACACAUAAUCUACAUACGAAUUUACGGAUCCAGAAUAUAACGAAAAAAUCCAAACGUGCUGCGAAAAAUAUGUCAAUGUUCGUAGUUGCAUUCUUUAUACAGUGGGGACCACUGUCCUUAUUUGGAAUAUGGGGACUGAUAGAUGUAAACAUACCUUUACCAUUGUUUCACAUUGUUACAGUAUUUUGCAACAUUGGGGGUUGCUUGAAUCUCAUUAUCUACCUUAUCAUUAGGCGUAGACAUUCGAGAGAAAAACGCAAGGCGAACGAGGAUACGCAGGUGAACUCUUGUGAGUUGAAAACAGUAUGCAACGACGCAGGCUGUGUUCCUAUUGUAAAAACGUAAUACUCAGGGAACCAAACAAAAUUUUUUAUUCAACCAAAAUGAAAAGAACACUGGUAAGUUAAUUACGGAUUAGUUUAAAAUUAUUUUCUUAAACUUGUUUAGGACAAAUCGAAUUCAUGCCAAUGUCAAUGUUAUAAAAAAAAUUCCAAGGGAGGAGAGCAUCAUUCCUAUCUCUAUAAGAUCUUACUUUGUCAUGAAUAUUCUUAUUGAAAUGCAGAGUUAUAUAUAUUUUUGUUAUUACUGUAUAAUAGACAUGUUUGUGAAAUAAAACAAGUAUGGUAUGGUAUGGUAUGGCAUGGCAUGGCAUGGCAUGGCCUGGCACAGCAUGCUAUGCAGCUAUGCUAUGAUAUGUAGGGCUAAAGGAGACUUGCCUAUCCUCGUUUAAUAAUAUAAUCCAUUUUAUAUCCGACACACACACAUUCUGAACCACAAAAUGCGUUCUCAAUAUAGGUAAUAAAUCGAGGUUUGAAACGAAUUUUACCUGUACGAAAUUUUACAGCUGUAAAAGAUCUGUAUUUUGUUCAAAAUUAGUCAUGAUGAUCUCAAUUUUACACCUGUAGAUUUUGAAAAAUGUACAUUAUUUUAAGGGAUGAAAUCAGAAGUACGAGAAGUUUUAAGAUGAAUUGUAAUACUCUAGAAAGGGUAGCAAUUGCAUCACUAUCUCAAAAUUCUUCAAGACUUGGAUAUAUCUUGUAGCAUUAUGGGGUUUUCUUAAGUAUAUAAAAGUUUUAAGGAGUUUUGGAUUUCAUUUAUAUUAGGGAUUUUGAUAUUAAUGAAAUACUUUUAAAAUGUUUAAAUUUGAAAUUCUCUUAUUAAUUUAAGUAUGUUAAAUGUUUAAAGUUUUCUCUAAAAGUUUAAUACGCCUGUCAAUUAUGUCAAUAUAUUAUAUGCCACAGGGUCAUAUCAUAUUUAUUAUUCAAUAUAUUUACGGAAAGAAACAAAUAUACCCAGACUUAACUCGGAAAUGCACGAGGAAAUAAAGUUGUAUUGCACAAGCGUGUCUAGUAUCUCUCCUGCAUAUAAGCGUAUGUUUUGUGAUGUAAAAUCAGAUAGAGUCGGGACAGAUAGCUAGAUAGGCUGAGGGUUACUUAUACA